ACCCUGAACACACUACAAAAAUGACCUCCAGCAUAGACCGGGAUGACAGCAGCAUCUUUGAUGGGUUGAUGGAAGAAGAUGAGAAGGACAAAGCAAAAAGAGUUUCUAGGAACAAGUCGGAAAAGAAGAGGCGAGACCAGUUCAAUGUGCUCAUCAAGGAACUGGGCACCAUGUUGCCGGGCAACACCCGCAAGAUGGACAAGUCUACCAUCCUACAGAAGAGCAUCGACUUCCUGCGCAAGCACAAAGAAAUUGCCGCACAGUCGGAGUCGAGUGAAAUCCGUCAGGACUGGAAGCCGCCCUUCCUUAGCAAUGAGGAGUUCACACAGCUGAUGCUGGAGGCACUAGAUGGCUUCUUUUUAGCCAUCAUGACAGACGGAAACAUAAUCUACGUCUCAGAAAGUGUCACGUCUUUAUUAGAACAUCUACCUUCUGAUCUUGUGGAUCAGAAUCUGUUGAAUUUCCUUCCACUGGGUGAGCACUCAGAGGUGUAUAAAGCCCUGUCCACACACAUGCUGGAGGGAGAGACCCUCACCCCAGACUACCUAAAAACAAAGAACCAGUUAGAGUUCUGUUGCCACAUGCUCCGGGGCACGAUCGACCCGAAAGAGCCGCCCGUUUAUGAGUAUGUCAAGUUCAUCGGAAACUUUAAGUCCCUCAACACUGUGCCUAACUCAACACGUAACGGCUUUGAGGGAGUGAUCCAGCGAUCGCUGAGGCCCAUGUUUGAAGACCGAGUGUGUUUCAUAGCAACUGUGAGGUUAGCCAAGCCUCAGUUUAUCAAGGAAAUGUGUACUGUGGAGGAGCCCAAUGAGGAAUUCACCUCCAGACACAGUUUAGAGUGGAAAUUCCUCUUCUUGGACCACAGGGCACCCCCCAUCAUAGGCUACCUACCCUUUGAGGUUCUUGGCACUUCAGGGUACGACUACUAUCAUGUGGAUGACCUGGAGACCCUGGCCAAGUGCCAUGAACACUCAAGCCUAGCCCAGAACAGCAGCACGAGCGGAGCCGCGGUUGCCACCUUCUCACAAGACCGUCAGAUACGGUUCCCUGCUACCCCACAGCUCCUCACUAAGCUAGUAACCGGCCCAAUGGCGUGUGGUGCAGUUAUGGUGCCUACCACCAUGUUCAUGGGGCAGGUAGUGACUGCGUUUGCCCCGCAGCAGGGCCAGGCUCAAACAAUCAGCAUCGCCCAGCAGCCAUCUGCGCAUAUGCAGGAGCAGCAGGCUCAGACACAGUCACAGACAGCUACAGGAACCGCCCAACAGCAAGGACAGGCCCAGGCUCAGCUUGCCCAGCAGCAAACGCAGUUCCUACAGGUAACCCUCCCACACAGAGAAUUGGGACCCUUUUAG